CUUCAUUAAUUGCCCGGUCUAGGGAGUUUCUUUCCUCCGGUUCCUAUCUCUCCUAUAUUUAAUUACAAAGAACAUGGUGCCCACUCCUUCCAAACGUCUCAUAAAUAGGCUUCGACUCCCUAAAGCACCAUCCUGGGGUUUCGUGAUUUACCGCACCACAUACAGCCCUCAAUCCUACCGCCAAUUUCCCCGAAUCAUCGAACUAACAAAUUCCUGCAUAAAACGGGAAAUCCUCGAAGAAUAUGCAUGCGCCAAACACCACCCCAUCAUCAUCGAAGACCGCACCCGGCUCAAUGGCAUCUCGCUCCACGGCGUGCGAUCCCACUACGAAUCCUGGAUCGAUGACUACGCCGGCGGUAGAGGAAGAGAGAACUAUAACUGGGGCUACUCUACGCAGCGCCACGUGUGUCUUGUCGUCGACGAGGAGUAUUAUAAAAAGUGGUGGGUGAAGGCCGUUGAACCUUGGCCGGAGAUUGACGAGGUGGAGCGGGAGGCCACUGGCUUUGAUGGGACGAUGAAGGUCUCUGUUUUUUCGCUUUUUUGCUUGUGGACUGCUAUGUACGAUCCGUACCCCAUGUGGAUGCUGAGAAGGGAUGCGAAUGGGUUAUAUACUGGCUGAAAUUAUACCUAAUCAAGGGUUAGAUAGUACCGUACGGAAUAUGCAAAGCAAAAUCACGGUUUAUGAAGUAGCAGCAGAGACUGUGUUUAUAGCAGAGACGCUGCUGAACCUUUCUCGUCUACCUGUACUCUAGCUAAUGUAUAUCGUUUCCGGGACGCUCCCAUUGCGAGC